GGAAGCUUUCCGGCCGACGCUCUCGCGCGUGCGCAGGCGGCAGCCGGCCCGUCGCCAUGGUAACGAAGGGACGCCGUUGGAGAGGAGCCGUUGGAGCCGAGAGCGAAGGCCGUCUGAGGGGCGCCUUUGUGUGUAGGGAGAUGCUGGACUGCCCAGAAGGAACAAGUAAUUAACCAAGAAGCACAAGUAUGUUGGACAUGCUUGGGAAUGACAGCAGCAAUGGGGAGCCAGCACCACAGAGGGGAAGUGAAACUGUGAAUGACAUAGAUCAACAGAACAAACAACAAACAAAUGGGGAUCAAAAGUCAGCAAGUGACUCCUCCUGUGAGCAAUCAGAUUUAAAAGGAAACGGAAUAAGAAUGACCAAAAAGCUUUUGAAGGACCUCUGCAAACAGCAUAAGCUAUACAUGACCCCACAUUUGAACGACACCCUCUAUCUCCACUACAAAGGAUUUGGUCGUGUGGAGAAUCUGGAAGAAUAUACAGGACUCAAGUGUUUGUGGCUGGAAUGCAACGGCCUGACAAAGAUUGAGAACCUAUCAGCACAAACCGAUCUGCGUUGUCUCUAUUUGCAGAUCAAUUUAAUUCAUAAAAUUGAGAACCUCGAACCCUUGCAAAAGCUGGAUUCUCUCAACCUCAGCAACAAUUAUGUCAAGACCAUUGAAAAUCUAUCUUGCUUGAAAGUCCUCCACACCCUGCAGAUGGCUCACAAUAUGUUACAGACCGUUGAAGACAUACAGCACUUACAGGAGUGCCCAAGUAUUUGUGUUCUCGACCUCUCUCACAACAAGCUGGACGAUCCCAAUAUUUUAGAUAUCCUGGAGACAAUGCCCGACCUGCGUGUGCUGAACUUAAUGGGAAAUGAAGUCGUUAAAAAAAUAGCUUAUUAUCGAAGGACACUUACAAUCCGGUUGAAGCACCUGACCUAUCUGGAUGACAGGCCAGUUUUCCCAAAGGACAGAGCCUGUGCAGAGGCGUGGGCGGCCGGCGGCCGUGAAGCGGAAAAAAAAGAGCAGGAAAUGUGGGAGAGCCGAGAGAGGAGGAAGAUCCAAGACAGCCUGGAUGCCCUCGCAGCCAUCCGUGAAAAGGCCAAGGAGAAGAGACGACAGCGGGAGGUGGCAGAGAGGGGAGGGACAGCCCCUGGCCCACCAGAAGAAGCCACUUCAAGCAACAUCAGCACGGCAGACAGCACGGGAGAAUUUCCAGGUCCAGCGGAAAGGUUAGAAACAAAGCAGAAGAUUGAGAAGUUUGUGAAGGAAAGCCUGGAUGCCCACGAAGAAGUUCUGGCCACAACAGCAAACUCAGGAAAUGGGCCGGAGAGGCCAGAGAGUGCUUGCCUGGGGGUCUGCCAGCAGGAAGCUCGAGAAACAAGUCCCAACGCAUCUUCCAGCACCACACCGGCUGAAGAAGAACUACCAGAAGGCAAGGUGGCUACACCAGGACCAUUGGUUACAGAACUCACCGAUCCUGCACAGAUUGAAGAUAUUAAACUGGACAUACCAGAAAGGCUUUUCCUUGAUGAACUACCCGAUUUGGAAGAUAUAGAUGAUUCAGCAGGAGAGGAGAUCUUUACUGGAAAGCAAAGCUCUCCUCCCAAGAUAGAAGUGAUUUCUGAAGAAAGCGACAGCCCUGUUUGCACCUCGGGAGGAGAGGCAACCAAAUCAGGGCACACGGCGACCGAUGAGAUCUGCAGUUCCAUCUUUUCAAACGGACAUUGGAUGUCUGACGUUGGUGGAAAAGAGGCUGUACAGCCUCUCGUGGCUGGCCUGCUGGCAGAAUUAGGAGCAGUCUUGGAAACUAAAGGGCCCCUCACAGAACCUCUGAGACCCUUCAUUGAAGAGCUUGCUCCAGCGCCUUUGGAUUCCCCACUGAACCUAUCGCCAGCAGGUGAAGUGGAUGAAUUAGAAAACGGAGAGAACCAGCCUGCAUCUCCCCCUUAGGGCAUAUCUUUGAGGCAGAACCCAAGCAGUAUGUGCCAGAAAAUAAAUGAAGACCCAAGAGUUUCAAAUGAGCUGAGCAAUGGUGGACCUUUGGUAUUGCUCCUUUCCACCCACAGUGACCGUCUAAUGCACGCAAACGGUCUCAUGGCGGCCUUGGUCAUAAAUGCCCUCGUCACCCCGACUCCCCUGUUGGCCAGAUCUGGCCAGAAGAGCCCUUCUGUGUGUUCUCUUUUGCAUUCUCCCUUGACAAAGUACAUGGUUCCAGCAGUACAGACAGAGAUGGAGGCAAGGAACCUAGCCGAGAUGCAGCAGAGACGGUACCAGGUCAAUGAAAAAGAAAACAUUUACAUUUUAAAAGAACAGUUGU